UCGUCAUCUACAUAUUCAUUUCUACACUUUUACCUACUAUUUUUCCUCUUUGGUGAUUUUACUUCUAUAUCAAUUUCUCUAUAAAUCAUCCUCUUCCCCCGCCCCACCCCUCUCUUUCACACACACCGCCUCUUCAUGAUGGCACAAUAUUUCUCUGAAUUCUACCAACAAUCACCAUCAACAUUAGACGUGGCACCGGAAGACGACGAGAUGAGCGUGUUGGACGACAAGAUCCUGGACCCAAAUUCCGAAGACCAUCCCGACAACCGCCGCGCCUCAUACGACGCCCCAGAUGCCUACUCACAUCGGGAUUCCGUCUGGUCCAACUACUCAAAUACCAGCUCCAGCCAGUCGCAGUCAAACUCGCACUCACAAAUCGGGCACGCUAUGCUGAACUCAACAGGUGCCUCGUUCAUGCCCAUCGACGGCCCGCACUCGGCUUCCUACCCGCAGGCAUCGUGGCCCAUGCCGCGCACCGAUUCAGGCUCAUGUACCCCGACCGCGGGCUAUGAUCAUUAUGCUGCUAAUGGAGACCAGAGUGCUAUCGCUCCUUUCUCUGGUGGUGCGGUUGGACCCGUCGGCGCUAUGCCUAUGAACCCCAUGUCGUACCGUGGAGGUAUGGCGUUUGCAACUCCUGGCAGUGUCGCCAUGUCACCGCAAUCAAGCCAGGGCUGGAUGCCGGCGCCUAUGGACCUAGCUGAGGCAGAGUUGCACUCGAAAAAGAGUCCGAGUUACCGGGUUGCAUUUCCGUUGAGGCGGGGAGAUGGGAUUCGGAAGAGGAAUUCCCGCAUUGAAAUCUCCCCCGAACUUAGCUUGGCCAAUAUCGACCAGGCUAUCAGGGAGUGCGUGGAUGAGGAGAAGAAAAAGGAUCUCAAGGCUAACAAACGACUGCUGCGGAAUCGGGAUGCAGCGCUGCAAUCUCGUCAACGCAAGAAGAAGGAAGCCGAGAGUAAUAUUGAGAAGAAUAAGCAACUGGAAGCAAUGGUCAAGCAACUGGAAGCAAUCAUCAAGCAACAUGAAGAGAAUGAGAAGACUCAUAUUAUGAGAAUAAAAGAGGUGGAGUACGAGAAUCACCAGUUGACUGCCUACAAUAGGCAGUUGACAGAGCACAUCCAACACCAGGACAUGGAGCGAGAUGAAACUAUCCUCAGGCACACGCGGGAGACAGCCAAUCUGUUGAAGAGGAACAGCAUGUUGGAGGAGAAAAUUAAACAGCUGGAGCGCGGUGUCAAGCCCGCUCAAGAAAGCCUGUCUGGGGACUUCGCGGGCUUCGAGAACCCCGCCAUGGAAAAUCCCUCAUGGGAUGACUUCUCAAUGGUCACUGGACCUCCCUUGCAACCGGAAUAUGUCCAAGCUCCUCGUCCUCAGGUUAGCCAGCAGGUUAAGGUCCCGGAGAAAUCUACCAACGGAUCAGACCUGCCGAUCAGCUGGAACGCCUUCUACAUGUUCCUGCUUGUCGGUGCCUUCUUCGCCUCCAAGAGUACCUCGCUACCGGGCCGCUCCCUGCCUCAACUCUCCGAAGAGUACCGGGCCGAGUCAGCCAACGUGCUGAAAGCAGUGCUAGCCUCGUCACCCGGCCACGAGCUAACCCACCCCCACUCCAUCAACCACGGGACAACCACCGGACCUGCGCCGGCAACAAUCAGCGGCAUGGAGAUGGCGCAGAUGAGCGCUGUGCAAGCCGUGCCCUCGAAUUUAGACCAGCUGCAUAAUACGCUUGUUAUGCCGACAGAGGAGCAGGAGCGUGAACAGGUGUUCUCAAUGAAUGCGGACCAGUUCAACUCCCUGACAACAUUCGAGGAUGAUAGCGGGGACUUCAAGCCACAGCAGCCAUCCACUCUGCAGCAGGCGUUUGCUGUGAUGCGUGACACUGCCGCGCAGCAGAGUCGCAUGCACUCCGCUUUGUCUUCAGAUGUGUAUUCCAGGUCAUUGAUGUGGGACCGUGUACCCGAAAAGGUUGUUCAGGACUUCCGCCGUAUGGUGCAGGGUCAUGGUUAUGAUACUCCCAUCAAGGAAGAGGGUAUUUUCCACUCUUGAUGCUUUCCUUUCGGGAUUAUUCCUGCGACUCUCAACACGACAAUAUUUCUUCUGAUGCUUUCCUUCUACCUUUCUUGCAUUUCUUGCGACGUCCUGUUUGGGAUUGUUGCUUGAUCUAGCCCUUUUCUUUUCUUCUUUUUUUUCAAAAAUACGGGCCAGCAAUGGCCCUUGAAAUACUAGCGUGCAACGAUAGAUCACGCAACACUUUUUAUUCUUCUUCUUGUUUCUGUAUCUUUUUCAAUGUCUUUUUUUGAGUUCGGUCCUAGGGUCAGGUUCACUCGGGCACAGGGGGCUUUGUUUAGCGAUGUGAUGAUUUUUUAGCGAUUGGCUUCGGAGCGUGUUUCUGUUUCUUGUUUUGACUGAUGGAAGGGGAACUAUAUUAUACGAACGACAGGGUGGGAACCUGAAUUAUGUGUUUAUGUGUACAGACCUGGGAUCCUCUCUGCAAGAUGGAAUAAGAUCUUGGGUAUGGGAUACGAGAAACGAAACGAGUUAUGAAGAAACCUUGCAUGUGGCGAUUGCAUUCAACUGUGCUUAUUAUGACUUGUUUUAUGACCUAUGUUUUAUGUUGUAUGUUACUAUUUAGCGAUCUGGGCUGGGGCAGUGUCAGGCAUUAUGAGGGGAAAUGGGAUGGGAUGAUCUCGUGCUUUCGGGCUGGAUGAACUUGCUUUUUCAUGUUUCCAAAUGUUUUCUUUUUAUUUUCAGCUCCUAGGCCCUGGAAGUCUAAGCCUAGACUCCGGACCAAACUCGCAGGGUUGUUUUAGCCUGAGUGAUUUUGUGCUGAACCCACAAAUGGCUGGCUACAGCGCUAACGAAUGUGACGAAGAGAUGACAGUGUGAUAUCUUACCACGCGAUAUGAACUACUCUUACGAUGUAAUUGCUAUUGUUUAAUUCAU